AUGGUUAGUCUGGUGCACUGUGUACCAAAGAAGGGAGGAUUGACUAUAGUGACCAAUGAUGAAAUUGAGUUGAUUUCCACAUGUACAGUGACCAGUUGGAGGAUCUGUAUUGAUUAUCGGAUGUUAAAUGAAGCAACUCGUCAAGAUCACUGUCUAAUUCCCUUCAUUGACCAAAUGCUGGAUAGAUUAGCGGAGCAAGAGUAUUAUUGUUUUCUGGAUGGAUGCAUGCCCUUUGACUUAUGCAAUGCAUCUGCUAUAUUUCAGAGAUGUAUGAUUACGAUAUUCUCUGACAUAGAGGAAGAAUUUUUAGAGAAUCUUGACAGAGUCCUAGCGUGA